GUAACACACCGAGCUGCAUCGUUUCCGGCCAGCUCAGCGUCAGCUCUGUGCUGUUGUCACUUCACAGUCUGUCAAACCCUGGACGCGUCACCCGAAACUUUUACCUGGGUGGUGUGAAGACGAAUCUCCGUGGGCCAUGGUUCUGCUGACGAUGAUCGCUCGGCUGGCCGACGGCCUGCCACUGGCCGCUUCAAUGCAGGAGGACGAACAGGGAAGCGAAAAGUUGGGUCGAGAUCUUCAGCAGUAUCAAAGUCAAGCAAAGCAGCUCUUCAGGAAACUCAAUGACCAGAGUCCUACACGUUGCACCUUAGAGGCUGGUUCUAUGGCAUUUCACUAUUUAAUAGAACAGGGAGUGUGCUACCUCGUGCUGUGUGAGUCCAGCUUUCCCAAGAAGCUGGCUUUUGCCUACCUGGAGGACCUGCAGGCGGAGUUUCACGAGCAGCACGGAAAGAGGGUCUCCACAGUUUCCAGGCCGUACUCCUUCAUUGAGUUUGACACCUACAUCCAAAAAACCAAGAAGUCUUACAUCGACAGUCGAGCAAGAAGGAAUCUGGGGAGCAUCAACACUGAGCUGCAGGACGUCCAGAGGAUCAUGGUGGCAAACAUAGAGGAGGUGCUGCAGAGAGGGGAGGCGCUCUCUGUGCUCGACUCCAAGGCCACCAACUUGUCCACCAUGUCAAAAAAGUACAGGAGCGACGCCAAGUAUCUGAAUACCCGCUCCACUUAUGCCAAGCUGGCAGCUGGCGGUGUCUUUUUCAUCAUGUUUAUCGUCUAUGUACGCUUUUGGUGGCUCUGAGGAUGAAGAAGAAGAAAAAAGAAGACGAAGAAAUGAAGAUUUCAAAGUCGACAGAUGAUGAGAAAAGCUGUCGACGACCUCCAGAAACAGGAUCCCUGCUCUUAUUAAGACUUUUCCAGAUAAACCAUCGUAAACUCACCUCCACUGACAUGUAAUAUGAAUACAGGUGAUAUCAAUACAUAUAGUUUUAUUAUUGACAUUGUAUUAUUUACCUUGUGUUCAAAAGCAGUUCCUGGGUAAAUGUGUGUCCUCUCUGUACCAAGAGUGACUGCUUUAGCCUUGUUUGAUUUUUCCUAUAAAUUCAGGAAAGAGAGAAAAACAAUAUUUUUAUCUGAAGCACAUCAUAAAUGUUCGUCCCUUGAAAUCACAUUGUUCUUAAAUAGUACAAGCUACACUCAAAAAAAGUGGCAAUAAUUUAACUACCACGGCUCACACAAAAUAAAACGUCAUUUCAAUUUUCCUUGGUAGUGUUUUUGAGGGUCUACUAAUAAGGUUUAGUGUCGGUCACCGACAUAGACAGAAAGUGACAGAAUUGGGGAAAUGCAUAAUAUUGAAACUGAUACUGUAUUUAAUUCAACUCGCAUACUUGUCAUUGUUGCUGGCACCGUGGAUCCAGGCUCCCUUCAAGUUCUCCUGCAGGCUGACUGUGGACCGGCACCUUUCUGUCAGACCUUUGUGAAGAAAAUAUGAUUUGUGUUGAGGUCUUUUUUUUAAAUUUUGUUUUAUGUUUACGCUCCUGUACAUUCAGUUUUAGUGUGACUACAGACUGUAGGCCACAGCUGAGAUGCAUUUCUUUUUUUCUGUUUUGUCUGUCAUUAAUAAAUAAAAAUUAUUUGGUACAGUU